GUCCGGAGGAUGGUGGAUUUUAACUCACCCCUCUUCAAGCCAGAAAUUGGAUUUCCCUUUGGGAAGUCACUGCGAGAUGCUCUCUAUAUAACGGACAGAUCAUUUUUCCACCCACGGACAACUAUGUCCCGUCCAACCCCAACCCCCCUCCCCGGGGCUUCACUGGCCGGGAGAGCUUGCCAAUGGUGGCUGCCUUUUGGGAUGAUGCAGACUUUUCUAAGGGUGUUGGCACCACUUGGUACCAGGAGUACUCUACACUCAGCUCUACCCAAGACCCCAUUGUCCAAGAUGUGGAAGCAAAGAUUGAGAAAUACCUAAAAAUCCCCUAUGCAGCAAAAUGGACCUUGAAGGUGACGUGGGAGAAAGCUCCAGCAUACCCAUCCCGGAGGGAUGACACUCAGACGAGCACCUACCAGGCAGUGCUCAGCACCGACGGGAGCCGCUCCUUCGCCCUGCUGCUCUACCAGGACGGUGGGAUGCGCUGGGACUACACCAGGCUGGCUGCAGCCAACGUGCUGAUCGGCUUCUCCAGCGGCAAUGGCUAUGCCCAAAACAACGAGCUGACUCAGAAGCCACCAGCUGUCAAGUACCGACCAGACCAGCACAGCAGCAGCGGCUCCGAUGUGCGUGGGCUGUGGAUUUACAGACUGGACAGUCGCUCCCGGGUGAAUUACAGGCUGCAGUGCCUGGCGUGGCUGGACACAGAGCCAGCGCCAGCCACGUGGAACAGCCAGCUGCCACCAUGCCCCUGCUCCCGGCCCCAGGCAGAGCUGGAUCCCCGCUACCACUGGAGCAGAGGCCCAGCAGACACCUCGGUGAGGAUGCUGCGCACUGCGUCCCCCAGCCCAGCCGGAGCUGGGGUACGAUGUCUGUACCAAGGUGGGAGCUUGCUGGAAGGCUGGCAGGAGAGAGCGUGGAGCCUCCCCUUCCACACUGCCACUGACACGGAGCUGGAAGCGUUCGACUGGUGCUGCCGGCGUGUGGGGAAGCCCCGGUUCUGUGCCAGGUUUGCUGAGAAGAGACCGAGGGUUGACUGUGAAGGAUACGUGCCACCCACCCCCGCUGGUGCCUUUGGGGACCCUCACAUCACCACCCUGGAUGGACUCACCUACACCUUCAAUGGGCUUGGGGACUUUGUCCUGCUGCUGGCCAGUGAUGCCCAGACCAGCUUCGUUUUGCACGGGCGCACAGCACAGACUGGCAUGGCCCAGGCCACCAACUUUGUGGCCUUUGCUGCCCAGUACAUCUCCAACACCACCACAACAGUUGAGUGGAUCUUGGGGAGCCAGGAUGACAUCCAAGUCCUCCUGAACAACGAAACCAUCCAGUUUUCCUAUUCCCAAGAGCUGGGUGACGAGGUGUACUACAGCCCUGGUGUCCUGCUAGUCAACGCCUCCUCUGUCACGGCCGUCUUCGAUGGGACCAUCGCUGUCUCUGUCUCAGCCACCUCCGGGAUCCUCAGCGUGGUCUGCAGCCUGCCCGACUGGUACCGCAACAGCACCAGGGGCCUCCUGGGUGUGUGGGACCAUGACCCUGCAGAUGACUUCCAGAUGCCAAAUGGUACCAGCAUCCCUGUGAACAGCAGUGAGGAGGAGAUCUACAGCUAUGGGAUGACCUGGGCUGUUGGGAAGCACAGCCUGUUCACUCAGCCUCCGGACUCACCAGCACUGAGCUUCACACCCUUCUUCUUGUCUCGGCUGCGGCAGAAGAAUGAAAGCCAGUACCAGCUGGUGGCCUCUCAGUGUCGUGGCAGCAAGGAGUGCAUCUAUGAUUCACUGAGCACAGGGAACUUGGCCCUGGGCCUGGCCACCCAGAGCUUUGCAGCUGACUUCCAGCAGAGGAAGACAGCACUCAAUGCCUUCCCUCCUGUCAUCACCGGUGACGCAUCAAUCACAGCCUUCAGGACAGAGAAGGUCACAAGGCAGUACCAUGCCUUGGGGGCAGGUGCACGCUUCAUUCCCCAUCUCUCACGGGAGCUCAACAUAUCGGAGAAUGGGACCCUCAUAUGGGAGCCCCGUGGGAUAGCACCAUUCACCAUCAGCCUGGAGGCUGUUGGCUCCAACAACAUCUCUGCACUCCUCCAGCUCCGCUUCACCCUUUGCAGAUGCAGCAGGAGCCAGGACUGUGACUACAGCAACACUGUCACUCUCAGGGAGUCUUCCCUGCAGCUGGCAGCCUGCAGAUGCGAGAGCGGCUACUCAGGUGCCUUCUGCCAGGACCCUCCGGACCCCUGCUCCCAGGGAUGCUUCCCUGGUGUGGGAUGUGACCCUUUCCGUGGCUGUGGCCCCUGCCCAGCUGGCCUGACGGGGGAUGGAGAGCAUUGCUCAGAUAUCGAUGAGUGCACGCAGGGGACGGAGUGCCCGGGGAACAGCACCUGCACCAACACUGUGGGCAGCUACCUCUGCUCCUGCCUGGCCAGCGAGCAGGGUGAGAGGCCAGGCUGUGGCUCAGCCUGUGGCUACCACUCCUGCCCUGAGGGCUACUGCAGCAACGGGGGACGCUGCCACCUUCACCCCAUCACUUGUGUCCCCACCUGCACCUGCCCCCCGGCUUUCACCGACCAGCACUGCGUGGUGGCAGGGGGGGAUUUUCAGCCGCUGCCCAGCUCAGGUCUCCCUCGGAGAAGCAUCCAGAUGAGGAUCAAGACACUGCAAAACGCCACUGCUGAGGAAGUCAACAGCACUGUCUCAGCCAUCCUGAACUCCCUGGAGGUAAAGGCUUUCCAGAGCAACACCAACAUCACCCAGAUGACAGACAGCGAUGGCUUCACCUUUGUGGUGGUGUCUGAGUUUGCCUAUGACAGCCGCGGGACCGUCAUCCGCUUCCUGAACGAGGAGCUGCCCGCGGCCAUCACCGGCGCCUUCAACGGGCGGCGGGGGCAGCGGGAGGCGGGCACGGGGCUGCUCUUCCAGCGCCUGCACCAGGACAACAUCACCGACCUGGUGAAGCUGACAGUGGAUGAGCUGAGGGACUAUUUCCCCUGCUCACUGUACGGCUACAAAGGCUACCAGCUCCACUACAUGGGGACCAUUGGCUUCGUCUGCAUCUCCCCCUGCAAGAUGGGCUACUGCCAGCACGGUGGCCAGUGCCAGCACCUGCCCGAAGGGCCCACGUGCAGCUGCCUGCCCUUCUCCAUCUACUCUCCAGCUGGCCUCCAGUGUGAGUGGCUGGCCAUCAGCCUGGCUGCCUUCCUCGGCAUCCUGCUGGGAGCCCUGGCUCUGCUCUGCCUCCUGUUUGCCCUCGGCUGCCUGGCCCUGCGCCUCUGCCGCCAGCACCGCCGCCGGCACCAGGGGGCCAAGGAGACCUUGUGGAGGACACGGCCCUUCUCCUCUUUAAUGAUGGCAGGAGAACAAGCAGAGCCCACAGGCUCCCACUCUCUGGAAAGGCAUUGGAAACUGCAGCUCCAGGCCAUUGAUCCCUCACUCCAGAUAAGAAUCCAGAGACCCCACGUUAUGCCUCCAAGCCAGUCCCCCCAGCAGCCCUAACCUGCCACCAGUCCUUUUGUGGCACCUCCAGGCCCACAGAGGAGCCAGACACUGCUGCCAGCUCUGCCGCUUGCUCUUGAGGUGUCCAGCAGCAGCAACACAUGGAAGCAGGGACAGGCAGCUGCCUUCUGGGUUCUGGGAGGAUUCACUCCGGAGGAGCUGCUUUUUUGAAUGUGUGUUUAUGUUGGGUGACCAAAGCAGGAGGAUUUCACCUUCCCUGAGGACCUGCAGAGAUGCCUGGGAUCAUCCUUGUCUGUGUCUGCACCAGGGGUAUGUGCUAGUGCAGUAACCAGACCCUGCAGAUCCCCUGAGAGCAGGGUCAGCUGGGGCAAUGCAGUGAUUGUAAUCCCUUAGGAACCAAAUAGAAUAAACC